AUGUCUCUACACUUCCCCAACCGAGUUGACAAAGAGACCUGGAAAAAGUCUCUUUCUUCGGUACCAAAAACAAUCUACAUUGACUCCAGCUUUACGCAAAUAAAGGACAAGGACGGCUUGACGCAUAUACCACCCUCGGCAUACGAGUUUGCUGAAACGUUCGCCAGCGAUCUUGAAUGGAUUUCUCGUACCUCAUGGAAACUGGAGCGGGUUGAUCGUAUUUCAAAAUGUGGAAAAGGUAUCUAUCUCGGCAAAUCCGCCGGAUCUGCGAGCAAACUCAUUUAUCAAAACGGAGAAGUUACGGAAGAAGCACGCUUCCGCCUAUUCACCACGGGUUAUAUGCUUGACUGCGGUCGCAAAUUGGUACUCGCUGUUGUUUCUCAAGGAAACGUGCACGUUCGCCUCGUUCUUCAAAUGUCCGAGUUUCGAUAUCAUCUUAUGGACAACUAUCCACUUAACCAUGGCCCUAAUGAGACUUGGAACAGGGUGUACUUGCACUUUUCCCCAAGGCCUGAAGAUCCGGAGUUGAAUCCUCUGGUGGAGCGACGAAAUGAAACCCUCUCGCGACGAGAAUUCGAGGACCUCCAACGGCAUUGCGUUUCGCGCGGCGUUACCGUUAUCCCAGAGAUCGAGGCACCUGGCCAUGCUCUCGUAAUUACGAGAUGGAAGCCCGAGUUUAUCAAUUUCACCGCAGGCAAAGCCGUUCGGAUCUGGGGAACUUAUGAGCCAGCCGAACAUCUGUCCAUCGACAAAAAACUACCAUCGUUCAACACUGGCAGUAUAACCAAUCCCACUUGUACGAGCUUGAACCAGCUGGACAGGGAGAACUUGCAAUGGGAACCUUCUCUCAUUGACCCAUACAACAUCGAAGAGCAAUUAGAUUCCAAGUCCAAGGGGCUCAAAGGGGCGACCAUGGCUGCCUGGAACGACAAUGGAUACGAUGCCAGUACUCAGCUAGAAGCAUAUUACACCAUGAAAAUGGGUAUUCCACUUCUAGCCUCGAGAUCCUGGAGCGGUAGCCGUGGUGUGAAACUCGACGAAGCAGGCUCUACCGAAUCUCUGUGGAUUCUCAGCGACAUGGCGCCGGCUCAAAGCUCAGAAAGGUGGCUGGCAGUUGAAAUGAAUGGCAUUGAUCUUCCAGAUUCCCUAGUUUCUUGGAAACGUAGCGAUUUCGACCAAAAAAAAGGCCCUCUCAUCAUGGGCCUCGGGAGCAAGGGUAUCGACUACCCACUGAUGCUCGAUGUCACUGGACCAUUUACCCUUUCUUCAAGCGAUAGUAUACUCCUUUUGGAUGACAGUGGAAGCCUAUGUUUCUUAGCCAACGGGAUUUCUUAUCCUUUGUGCCACGUCGACGAACGGGAUGGUUUUGAUCCAGGUCACCCAGGCCGUAUCUGGAUCAAUGCCAGUAGCUCAAGUCACGAACCAGUCAAAGUGCCUCUGAACGCAAGUAUUACGAUUAAAACAGACAUAUUAAGCGGCAGUCUCAUUUGA